CGGCGUUGUUGCAUUAAAUUCUACCUAAUAUUAUCAACUUGGAGCUGAGGGACUUUAGGUGUAAUUUUGCAGGAUUUGUGCAACUGUAUGUGCAGCUCUGGGAUUCUUUUUCUUUACUCCUCCUGUUCUCAUCUUAAAGGUGAGAGGCACUGUUGUUGCAGGAGAUGCUGGUGGGAAUGGGCUGAUCCAAUUGCAAAAAGUGGAACUGCAGGAGAUAGAAGGACCGCAAGGAAGGAACUACUUGGGGCAACUGUAAAACUUUACUCUGAGUUGACUUUUUGUAUGCUUUAGUCAGUAGUAGUAGAAGAAAGCACAUGUGGUAAAAGCCCUGCAGUUUUUCUUUUCUUUUUCUGAGUGACUUCAUUCAUCACCAGCACUGUGAGCCCUGGUGCGCCUCACCGAUCCACAGACGUCUCCUCUCCUCUCCUCUCCUCUUCGCGGCAUCAUGUGGAUUAUUCUGGCGUUUAUUCUGGCUGCUGCGGGUCCUGAUGGGAGCUUUGGCUGUCAGCUGCCCCACGACUGGAGACCGCAGACUGAAGCGUGCCGGGCCGAGCUGGCGGAGAUCAUCGUCUUUGCCAAGGUGCUGGCGCUGCACAAGGAGUCGUACAGCGUCUAUAACUACCUGCCGUGGCAGCACGACUCUGACCUUCUCUACUCGGCCGAGAUCGAGCUGCUGUGCGACCAGGCGUGGGGCAGCAUGCUGGAGGUCCCCGCCGGCUCCAGGUUCAAUGUGAGCGGCCUGGGCUACUUCCCCUGCUUCUCCUACAGCGUCACCAAAGACAACAACUACUACUUCUUCCUCAGGAUGGAUGAGAACUACAAUAUCAUCCCCCAUGGAGUGAACUUUCAGGACCCCAUCUUUCCAGACACAACUGACAACCACCGCAUGUUUGCAAGCCUCUUCCAGUUUUCCAACUGCACACCAGGAACCCAAGUCCAUAGCUUUACCCCAGAGUGGGAGGCUCAGGAGGACAGCCGGCUGUUGUGUUCCACGGUGCAGAAAGCUCUGUUUGAGGAGGAAGAGAGGGUGAGGACUCUCUCCCAGAAAGUUCGUACCUUGGAGAAAGCCAAUGGCCAUCUGAGGGAAAAGGUGAAGACCAUGAAACGUCUGCUACGUCAGGCCCAACGAGAAACAACAAAGGAGCAACAGACCCUCAACCUCAAGCAGCUCUACGAGUCAAAGACGCCCCAAAGUCACCCUGAUCAGGACACAACCCAGGACCGGAAGACCCAGCCACUUAAAAAGGUCCUCUCUAAAAAGCUUAAAAAAUAGAGUUCUCACACUACUUUGCUCUGUGUAAAGCGAAUUUCGCUCCUUAUGAAGCAUCAGUGGCAGAUCAGACUGAAAAGAUAGUGAGCGAAAAGUUGGGUGAGGUAACAGCAACAGCAGAAAUACUUAACAGUUCAGAUCAAAUAAAGCUGCAGCAGGCAGGAAAAGAACUACAAGCUCAGAAUGUAACUUCAUGCUGAAGCAACUGCAAUGUUUUCUCCAUCAUGGAAAUGCUUUGCUGAUACUGACAAGCGUUUUACUGUGUUCACUGUCAGAGUCAUGAAUCCUUUGUCCAUUUUUUAGGACGGCAUUACUUGUCGGUGCCAAUGCUGGUUUUGUAAGUUUUCUUGCAGGAUUUUGUCUAAAAGAACAAGCAUUUGCAUUUGUAAACCAAUCAGUAGGAACGACACCCCCAAAUCUCCCGUCACAGGUUGGAUUUUCUAAAGUCUGAAAAUGGAGCCAAGUAGAGGUGCAGAAGUUUAGUUUCCCCUUAGACAACUUUAGUUAUAAUUUUCUCGGUUUUUACUCAGUGAUGCCAAAACAGUACUGCCCAUCCCAGCUUUAAGUUGUUUUCAUUUGUGUCAUUGAUACCAUAAAGUGCCUUUUCUUUAAAUGAUAAUUCUCUCUGAAUAGCUGUUGCUGCUGUCUGUCCUCCAACUUUUACCGUUGUUUUUGUUGGUCUAAGUGGCAGCACAAACAUUCUCCAGAUAUUCAAAAGCUCAUCGUUUAUAGCUGAUGGAUGCACUGUUGAAACACAUAGAUUAUGUCAAAACAUUGGAAAUUGAAUAUCUCUUGUGACGUAACUGUUUUUUCUGUGCUGGACACAUCAUGCAUCGUGUUAAUACUAGCAGUACGUAGUUUUGAAAUACUUUCAAAAUGCUUAAAAUCAGACUUUGUCUUUUGCGACUCCACAUUUAUACAGUAUGUCAAAAAUCUAUUCUAAUUAUUUCUCAUUUCCAAAAGGAGUGGGGUAUACAAACAUUUUGUGAAUUGAAUGCUGUCAAAUAAAAAAGUUUUUUUUAACUCUUAAAAAUGUUUGGCAUUAGGUUGAUUUUGGAUGCUUAAAAAUAUUUGAUGUGCAAGGCUGUGAGCUAAAAUAAGUGUGUGUGGUGUAAGUGGAAAUACAUAUUAAUCUGAUUGUGUAUGUAAGUUUAACUACAAAGGAACAGAGGAUGUACCAAGAUCACGUUACACCAUUUUUCUUCACCUGUGCAGUGAUUCAUUGAAUUCAGUGAAUUUUUCCCAAGAGUGCAUUUUGUCUACAUUCCACUUUGUUCAAAUGAUUUUUCUGAAUCAAAGUUCAUUUUGUAUUUGAAUGUAGGGUGCUGAGCACCUAUAAAGUCCGGCCUGUGAGCCCGACACGGUACAGGAUUGGCAUUUUCUGUGUCAGAAACGAAAGUUUUCUUAUAUCAUAAAUUCUGUAUUUGCUCUUAUUAUUUUGCUUUCUCUAAACUAUACACAUCUGGCUUGCUUUGCUAAUAGUAUUAUCAGUUUUAUAAUAGUUACUGUUCCAUUUUUUAAAAAUAAAUUAACUUUU